AUGUCUUACAAACGAUCACGAGCCACCUUCGAGGCGAACGGUGAAGCUGCUGCACCAUACGCAAUCUUUGGAACACCCUUGCCAGACGAGGCCGAGUCCCGGGACGAUGGCUCCUUUGUUCCCAUAUGGAAGCAGGAGGUGAGGGAUGAGAGAGGCCGCAAGAGACUCCACGGCGCCUUCACUGGAGGCUGGAGCGCAGGGUAUUUCAACACGGUUGGUUCAAAAGAGGGAUGGACUCCGUCUACUUUCGUUUCCAGCCGAACCAACAGGCAGAAAGAUGGAGCCUCGAAGCAACAACGGCGGCCAGAAGAUUACAUGGACGAGGAGGACCUGGCUGAUGCCGCAGAGGCACAGAAGCUCGAAACAUCACACGCUUUUGCUGGGCUAGGCGGCGCAACACGAGAUGAGACGGGCUCGGGCGGGCUGGCGGGACUCUUCAGGACCCAGGGGGACACAAUGGGGCUGAAGCUCCUGCGUAGGAUGGGCUGGAAGGACGGGCAAGGCAUCGGACCAAAGGUGCGACGAACAGCCCGACUUGACAUGGCAGGGGGGAAGUCGGCUGCAGAUGGCGAGACCUAUAUGUUUGCCCCCGACGACGUACCGAUGAUUCAGUUCAACCGCAAGACAGAUCGAAAAGGAUUAGGGCAUCAGGGCGAAGCGAAACUGAACGACUCUGCGCGCGGCAGCGACGAGGGCAACGAAGACGAUGAUGAAGACGGCAUGCCUUCGAAACAAGAUGGGGGAUUUUCGCUUUUUUCUUCUCGAAAAGCAAAGGCUAAGCCGAGCCGGACCGGCAUCGGUGUCGGGAUACUUAAUGAUGACGGUUCUGAUGGAGAAGACCCCUACGAGAUUGGACCUAAAAUCAAGUACAGCCGUGUUAUCGGAGGAGACAAAAAGAAAAAGAAGAAGCCCUCUUCUUCUGCUAAUCCCACACUUGGGAACACCCCUGUCUUCGUGCCCAAGCUCGCUAGGGCUGGGAACAGUCUGUAUCGAUGUCACGAUGGACGCUUGCCUCUGGACGGGUUUGUCUUGGCCAAGCUCACUGAAGAUAUUGCAGGGCUCAUGUCAGAAUAUGCGCCGCCGCCUGUCCCGGAAGGUUGGGUAUCGUCGAAGAAGAAAACCCAAGAGGGUGAAGGAGCUAGUAAGACCUACACAUCUACAGCUGACGCAGCAAAAGCAUCUUCACUUGACCCGAGAUCACGCGCGGCUUUGCUAGGGGAGAGUGUGCUCCCAGGGAAGUCUGUCUUCGAUUUCCUCUCUCCGACCGCCCGGGACAAGUUGGCAGCAGUGUCAGGGAAGACGAACUUGCCGCCUGGCCUUGGAGAGGUUCCCGAGGAAUUCAGAAUGUCCGAUAAAGAGAGACAGGAGAUGUUGUGGGAUCAAAUUCCAAAGCUGGAUGACCAAACAGCGAGAGCAGCGCUAUCGAGGAGUGCCGGAGGACCAUACGCCGACGAUGAGUUGAAAAGAUCGCGCUAUAAGGCUUACCUUGAAAAUCAAGCCAGUCCGAAUGCGCCUCUCCCCACCAAGGCGCAAGAUAUGGAUGAUGGUACCUUCUUGAAAGAGAUGAACGAAUUUUAUAACUGCGCACGGAUCUUCAAACCUAUGACGGGCUUUAUGGCAUCUAGAUUUACUACAGCGAAGACGACAGCGCCAUCUACCUCUGCGCCGAAUGAGCAGGGCGAGCAGCUCUUGUCCAAACCACCACCAAAGGUAGGUGACCCCGCCGAGGAGGCAGCUAAGAUGGGCAUGUUUGGAAGCAUGACCAGAUCUAGCGAAAUGUUCUACCCAACCAGACUUUUGUGUAAGCGGUUCAACGUCAAAGCGCCUGAGCACUCUCGGCCGGACAAUAUGGAGGAGCCGGACAAAGCAGCGGCCCCUCAGAAGAACUGGGCGGUCUACGAGACACAAAUGGCAGAGCCAGAGGUCGCACAAGAUAGGAAAGGCCUGCCAGUGCAUCAGCCAGCAGCGGCGGCGGAAACGAGGAAGCUGUUGGAGGAACCUGGCCGGGUUGAUCCAGAGAGAAGCGAGGCGAUUGAGGGGAAGACGGCGCACGCCGAUCUGUCAGACCUACCGCGUUCUGCUACCGCCAUCCCACCCUCCGCUGCAUCAGCGCGCCAGCUGCCACCUACAGAAACCGUCACGUUGUCGGGAACGCAGGACUCUCGGAACGGACCGUCCGCGGCCACGGACUUUGUCGACGCCCUGAGGCAACACGCCCACGAAUCCGAUAUUGAUCUCACCACCGACGACGAGGACAACAAUCUCCUUGGUCGCGAGCAAUCACCGCCGCCGCAGUACCCAGCCUCCGAGGCGCCUUCCUCCCCACGGCCUCCGCCGUUCUCGUCGCUCUUUUCACCACCACCUGACGACGCCGAUCACCGUCUAGGAAAGCUCGUCGCCUCCUCGUCCGUCGCCGUUGCAGAAGGAGAAGCCUCAUCUGCUCCGGCAUACACCCCCUGUGAACCUUGGGAUCCUGACCAGGCAGUUGCCAGGGCUGUUUCUGAGACCAAGACUGCGCUCCCAAGAGAUACCAAGGGGCAGUCAUCCAAAGAUAACGACGCCGAACCACCACCUGCUUAUUCAGAAGGGGACAGUCCUCUUCUAACAUUUUCAUACGUCAUGUCUGCUGCCGGAGGAGCCUCGAGUAUCAUCACUCAGGUCCAACAGGGUGGUCCAUCCCUCAAUGCCAUUGGCGAUGUUGGCGCCGAUGAAACCAUUGCAAUGGACCUUCGUGGUACCAAGUUUGUCUUGUCUCGCGAUGAGCUGUUGACCUUACCAGAAUUCGUGCUCCUUUCCCUGUUUCCCAAUGGCUUGUUCCCAGAGGGACAAAUGGGUGGAUUGUCAGAGGGCGAAGCAGUGCAGGUUGAUUACGACCCGGCCUCCCUUCAGUACAUGUUGGAUUUCUUCCGCAACGUAGCCCAAACGAUUCCCGCUGAAUCUUCGCCAAGCGCAUCGCAAGACGGGGAUGUCGUGCCAAUCGAACCCCUGGGCGCCCGCGACGAUUCGUCCAAGCGUGCAGGCAUCAUUGUGCUCCGCGAAGACCUCGACUUUUACGCCAUUCCCCCCAAGCCUGAGAUCACUCAGCUGGACAUGCUUGAAGUCAAGCGCGCUGCCGCACGUGCGCUCCAGAAGCAGGAUGGAAUCUUCUCAGGACUGAAGAGGAGCGACGAACCAGGCACAACUGAGGCACACCUAAUUGAAAUGCUCACCGCUGGCGGCUUCAACCGUGAGGACCAGUGGGGACACCGCGCUGGUGAACCCAACAAGGCGGUUAUCUGCAGUCUGGCACUGGCACGCCUUCGCAGCGACAUCCGCGGCAACGAGGUCGGCAGCAACGCCGUAGGAAUGGCACAGAAGCUUCUCCUAUUCUGGCGCAAGCCCGCGCGCAGAUGCUGGUGGGAGGGUGUCGAGCUGGAGAAUGUUGAGGGAGUGGAGGGAAAGCUCAAGGUAUGGAUCAGGCGAGUCUGGACGCUUGAGAUGAGCGUGAUUGGCCUGCGGUGA